UUUGGUCAAAAGUUCGGAUGUUUGCUCUGUAUUGUGUUAUAAUUUGUAAUGUGGAGCUUGUCAAAAACUGAACUUUUUCUUUUUUGGUCGAAUUUGGCAAUUGUUUGUGUUGUUUCUAGAUUUUUUUUUCUUAGCAUUGUCUAUGUAAAAAUUUAUAUUUUUGUCAGUAUUUGGCAAUGGUUUUCUAUGAUUUGGAGCUUAAUUAAAAUGAAGAAUUUAUAUUUUUGCCUCUAUUUGGAGAGUUUUUUUUGUCUAUGUGUUGUUUCCAGAUUGUUUCCCUUUUUUCAUUUCGAGUGAAAACUAUUUGUAGUUUUCAUUAAUAUGCUAAUUUUAUUUGUUUCACUCUUCUUGAUAUCAUAGGUUUGUUGAAUGGAAAUUGAAAAUGAGGAUCGAGUACUUCUGAUAAAGUUCACUCCAUCAUCAUUUAUAUUUCCUCAUAAUGUCUAAAUCCUGUGAGGUCCCAUUUUACAUUUUGAAGAUGGUUUCCUUGACAUGGUUUCUGAUAUUAGUAGUAGUAUAUAGUCUUAAGAAAAAAACGAUCUUCUUCUUCUUCUUCCUCUGAAAAGAAAUGAAGGGCUAUUUGGUUUACUAUGCUUCGUUCCCUUCUAUAAUUCAAUUGUUUAUUUGGUGUGUUCAUUUGUCCAUCUCAUGUUAGUGUGUGUGAUCCAGACUUUUUUUUUUUCAAAACAAAUAUUACUUUCUGAAUGUGAAGGUAAAAUGAUUGAAAAUGGUGAUUGACACAGGUGUUUCAUUUUUUCCUUCCUGCAGAAUCUUUCCAACAAGAUUUUAUUGAAUGCUGUUAAAGAAUUUUCUCCAUUGAAACUCCGCAUUGGGGGCUCCUUGCAAGAUAAGGUCAUAUAUGGCGUGGAUCCUCAACAGCCAUGUACUCCUUUUAUUAAGAAAAAAUCUGAGAUGUUUGGUUUUUCUCAAGGCUGCCUACCCAUGCAUAGAUGGGAUGAACUCAAUGGUUUCUUCAAAAAAGCCGGAGCUGUAAUCAUUUUUGGGCUGAAUGCCCUUAAUGGAAGGGUUCAUUUGCCGGGUGGUUCUUUAGGAGGACCCUGGAACUCCACCAACGCUGCAUCUUUUAUUCACUACACUGUCAAUAAGGGUUACACUAUCCAUGGUUGGGAGCUUGGCCUCUGGGAGAUGGGUGGAGCUCUUCUGCGGCUCCUGGGCUUCUGCUUCUGGGCAUUUCUAUGGCUCUCCAGCUUCGUCGCAGUGGACGCUGUUGGGGCUUCUCCGCCUGCUGGGGCCAGCAAGGGGACCGCCGUCGUCGAUGGGACAACUGCCAUUGCGGUCACUGACGAUGACUUCGUUUGCGCUACGCUGGAUUGGUGGCCGCCGGAGAUGUGUGAUUACGGGACUUGUAGCUGGGGCCUCGCAUCCGUGCUCAAUCUGGUGUUUCAUUUUUUCCUUCCUGCAGAAUCUUUCCAACAAGAUUUUAUUGAAUGCUGUUAAAGAAUUUUCUCCAUUGAAACUCCGCAUUGGGGGCUCCUUGCAAGAUAAGGUCAUAUAUGGCGUGGAUCCUCAACAGCCAUGUACUCCUUUUGUUAAGAAAAAAUCUGAGAUGUUUGGUUUUUCUCAAGGCUGCCUACCCAUGCAUAGAUGGGAUGAACUCAAUGGUUUCUUAAAAAAAGCCGGAGCUGUAAUCAUUUUUGGGCUGAAUGCCCUUAAUGGAAGGGUUCAUUUGCCGGGUGGUUCUUUAGGAGGACCCUGGAACUCCACCAACGCUGCAUCUUUUAUUCACUACACUGUCAAUAAGGGUUACACUAUCCAUGGUUGGGAGCUUGGCCUCUGGGAGAUGGGUGGAGCUCUUCUGCGGCUCCUGGGCUUCUGCUUCUGGGCAUUUCUAUGGCUCUCCAGCUUCGUCGCAGUGGACGCUGUUGGGGCUUCUCCGCCUGCUGGGGCCAGCAAGGGGACCGCCGUCGUCGAUGGGACAACUGCCAUUGCGGUCACUGACGAUGACUUCGUUUGCGCUACGCUGGAUUGGUGGCCGCCGGAGAAGUGUGAUUACGGGACUUGUAGCUGGGGCCUCGCAUCCGUGCUCAAUCUGAAUCUUUCCAACAAGAUUUUAUUGAAUGCUGUUAAAGAAUUUUCUCCAUUGAAACUCCGCAUUGGGGGCUCCUUGCAAGAUAAGGUCAUAUAUGGCGUGGAUCCUCAACAGCCAUGUACUCCUUUUGUUAAGAAAAAAUCUGAGAUGUUUGGUUUUUCUCAAGGCUGCCUACCCAUGCAUAGAUGGGAUGAACUCAAUGGUUUCUUCAAAAAAGCCGGAGCUGUAAUCAUUUUUGGGCUGAAUGCCCUUAAUGGAAGGGUUCAUUUGCCGGGUGGUUCUUUAGGAGGACCCUGGAACUCCACCAACGCUGCAUCUUUUAUUCACUACACUGUCAAUAAGGGUUACACUAUCCAUGGUUGGGAGCUUGGCCUCUGGGAGAUGGGUGGAGCUCUUCUGCGGCUCCUGGGCUUCUGCUUCUGGGCAUUUCUAUGGCUCUCCAGCUUCGUCGCAGUGGACGCUGUUGGGGCUUCUCCGCCUGCUGGGGCCAGCAAGGGGACCGCCGUCGUCGAUGGGACAACUGCCAUUGCGGUCACUGACGAUGACUUCGUUUGCGCUACGCUGGAUUGGUGGCCGCCGGAGAAGUGUGAUUACGGGACUUGUAGCUGGGGCCUCGCAUCCGUGCUCAAUCUGAGUUGCAGGAUGCUUAGAUUUGGAUGGGAUGGGCGCAGAGUGCAGAAUCUUUCCAACAAGAUUUUAUUGAAUGCUGUUAAAGAAUUUUCUCCAUUGAAACUCCGCAUUGGGGGCUCCUUGCAAGAUAAGGUCAUAUAUGGCGUGGAUCCUCAACAGCCAUGUACUCCUUUUGUUAAGAAAAAAUCUGAGAUGUUUGGUUUUUCUCAAGGCUGCCUACCCAUGCAUAGAUGGGAUGAACUCAAUGGUUUCUUCAAAAAAGCCGGAGCUGUAAUCAUUUUUGGGCUGAAUGCCCUUAAUGGAAGGGUUCAUUUGCCGGGUGGUUCUUUAGGAGGACCCUGGAACUCCACCAACGCUGCAUCUUUUAUUCACUACACUGUCAAUAAGGGUUACACUAUCCAUGGUUGGGAGCUUGGCCUCUGGGAGAUGGGUGGAGCUCUUCUGCGGCUCCUGGGCUUCUGCUUCUGGGCAUUUCUAUGGCUCUCCAGCUUCGUCGCAGUGGACGCUGUUGGGGCUUCUCCGCCUGCUGGGGCCAGCAAGGGGACCGCCGUCGUCGAUGGGACAACUGCCAUUGCGGUCACUGACGAUGACUUCGUUUGCGCUACGCUGGAUUGGUGGCCGCCGGAGAAGUGUGAUUACGGGACUUGUAGCUGGGGCCUCGCAUCCGUGCUCAAUCUGAGUUGCAGGAUGCUUAGAUUUGGAUGGGAUGGGCGCAGAGUGCAGAAUCUUUCCAACAAGAUUUUAUUGAAUGCUGUUAAAGAAUUUUCUCCAUUGAAACUCCGCAUUGGGGGCUCCUUGCAAGAUAAGGUCAUAUAUGGCGUGGAUCCUCAACAGCCAUGUACUCCUUUUGUUAAGAAAAAAUCUGAGAUGUUUGGUUUUUCUCAAGGCUGCCUACCCAUGCAUAGAUGGGAUGAACUCAAUGGUUUCUUCAAAAAAGCCGGAGCUGUAAUCAUUUUUGGGCUGAAUGCCCUUAAUGGAAGGGUUCAUUUGCCGGGUGGUUCUUUAGGAGGACCCUGGAACUCCACCAACGCUGCAUCUUUUAUUCACUACACUGUCAAUAAGGGUUACACUGUCCAUGGUUGGGAGCUUGGUAAGAGUCAUGUCCCAUUUAGAUUCCUCACUUCAUAAAGAUUUUGCUCAAUAGAGAUAGUACUGAAGUUAGAAUAAACAAUGACAAAAGAUUAACAAACAGCUGAUCUAAUUCAAUGGGAUGUUAAAAAUCUUUUAUAUUUAA